UUGGGUUGGCGCCGGCGCCAGCUGAGCUGAGCUGUGCGGUAGCGGGUCUAGUGAGGCGUCAUACUCCUAAAAGAAGAGAAUGUCAAGACGCAGUAGCCGUUUACAAGCUAAGCAACAAGCCCAGCCCUCACAGUCUGACUCCCCCCAAGAAGCCCAAAUCUUCCAGGUCAAGAAGAGAAAAACAGCACAGGAUGUCAAAAAGAGAAAAGAAGAGCAGGUCACCAAGAAACAUCAGUAUGAGAUUAGGAAUUGUUGGCCACCUGUAUUAUCUGGGGGAAUCAGUCCUUGUAUUAUCAUUGAAACACCUCAUAAAGAAAUAGAAACAAGUGACUUCUCCAGAUUCACAAAUUACAGAUUUAAGAAUCUUUUCAUUAAUCCUUCACCUUUGCCAGAAUUAAGCUGGGGAUGUUCAAAAGAGGUUUGGCUAAACAUGUUACAAAAGGAAAACAGAUAUGUACAUGACAAACAUUUUGAAGUUUUACAUUCUGACUUGGAACCACAGAUGAGGUCAAUACUUCUAGACUGGCUUUUAGAGGUAUGUGAAGUAUAUACGCUUCAUAGGGAAACAUUUUAUCUUGCACAAGAUUUUUUUGAUAGAUUUAUGUUGACACAAAAGGAUAUUAAUAAGAAUACACUUCAACUCAUUGGAAUUACCUCAUUAUUCAUUGCUUCCAAACUUGAGGAAAUCUAUGCUCCAAAACUCCAAGAGUUUGCUUAUGUCACUGAUGGUGCUUGCAGUGAAGAGGAUAUCUUAAGGAUGGAACUCACUAUUUUAAAGGCUUUGAAGUGGGAACUUUGUCCUGUAACAGUCAUCUCCUGGUUAAAUCUUUUUCUACAAAUUGAUGCUGUUAAAGAUGCUCCUAAAGUUCUUCUACCUCAGUAUUCUCAGGAAACAUUCAUUCAAAUAGCUCAGCUUUUAGAUCUGUGUAUUCUAUCCAUUGACUCAUUAGAGUUCCAGUACAGUAUAUUGGCUGCUGCCGCCUUAUGCCAUUUUACCUCCAUUGAAGUGGUUAAGAAAGCCUCAGGUUUGGAAUGGGACAACAUCUCAGAAUGUGUAGAUUGGAUGGUGCCUUUUGUCAGUGUGGUAAAAAGUUCAAGUCCAGUGAAACUGAAGACUUUUAAGAAAAUACCUAUGGAGGACCGACAUAAUAUCCAAACACACACAAACUAUUUGGCUCUGCUGGAGGAAGCAAAUUAUGCAAACACCUUCAGAAAAGGAGGACAGUUGUCACCAGUAUGCAAUGGAGGCAUCAUGACACCACCGAAGAGCACGGAAAAACCAGUCGGAAAACACUAAAGUUAACAAAGCCAACAAGUUGGAACUGACCAAAUUUUGAGCAUAAUUUCAUACAUCUCAACUAAAGAAUUAUAGGAAUAUAGUGUUGUGAUUGCCAAUUUAAAAGUUACACCGCUGUUGCUUUGAUUUUAAAACCACUUAAAAUUGGCAUGAAAGAAAUUAACUUAGUUUCUGGAUUAGCUGUUAAACAGCAGGACUUGUUUACAGAGAUGACUUUAUUACAAGGUUACUGAAUAGAAGCCUGCCACGAUUUAUGCCAUGGCAAUUAUGGGUUUUUGUUUAGGAAUCCAGUGUUACUACAGUUAUCUUGAUAAACUAGGAAUUUUAUCAUUGGAGUUUUGGACAUCUGCUCCCUUACAAGGUAGGUAAGUGAUACAGUACUUUGAACCUAGCUUUUAAAAUUCUCAGAAUUCCUAUCUUGACUAGUGCAAUCUGCUUAGUGAAAAUAAAACUUAAAGUUGUUUACAAAGAUUUAUUUUGUAAUAAGGUGACUAAUUUAUCACAAGUGCUGUAACAAGCUAUGAUAAAACUUGAAUUUUCACAAAUGGUGAAAUUUUAAUCUGUAAGCUAGUAUAUUUGCCUUGCAAUAACACUUUUUAAAUCAAUAUGGCUUUGGAUGAACCUGAUGUUUAAACUUCUCUUUCUAGGGGGAGAACCAAAGAAAAUAAAAAUAAGUGCUUUGUUCCUACUGGGGCUUUGGCAGAUAGGUUGCUCUAGAAUAAUACACUUUUGAAUAUCGUAAUUUGGGUUAAAAACUUCAAACUAUUUAUAUGAGAACGUCACUUUAUCAUUCUAAGACAUCCCUAAGAAUUUUCAUUUGGCUAAAGUUUUAUUUAUGUUUGCAAAACUGUUAAGAUCCAUUUUAAAUUCCUACAUUAUGACACAAAAAUAGUAUCGUGAUAAAAGUUUAACACUUAACCUAAAAUUUAUUUAUUUAAACUUGCUGUAUAUACAUUAGCUACUUCAUGUUCUAGCUUAAUCAUUUUUAAAGAAAUUUUAGCCAUGUGAACUAGAUUUAAUUAGAAAAAGGUAGUGUAAUUACACUAGAGUGCUAGCUUGUUGAUAGACAUGUGAAUCUGUUCUCCCUUUGAAGAAAUUGUAAAUGUAAGCUAUUGUUAUGGUAUGAAGUCUUCUGUAUAGUUUGUUUUUAAACUAAUGUUUCAGUAUUUUGUCUGAAAAAAAACCACUGUGUACAUAUGUAUUAUAUAAAUGUAAUCUUUUAAUACUGCUU